UCUCUUGGCACACCCUCCUGUCAAGGCUCCAAGCUAUUCCAAUUGUUGACAAAAGGGGUCGAGAACCCAGGUGAGAGGUAUGGGGGACGAUGGCUGCAGUGCUUCCGAACUCCGACGUCGGUAUCACAUGGGAGGAGAUCUAAAGGAUGAUUCUUUGACCGCACCACAGCUUCGAGCCCGGUACGGUAUCAAGAAGAACACGGCAGAAUUCAGCACCAAGACCGGCGGAGCGCGGAGCGGGGAUAUGACGUCGUCCGUUUGGCCAUUGGCGGCCGUGCUUGCUCUGGUAUUGGUAGCAAUCCUUUUCGCGGUGCGCACAGGCGGCAGCAAAUAGUCCGCGUUGUAGACAGUAGACCAACUCUGCGCGUGCUUGGGCCAGCUGAGAAGGUUUUGGUUGCGUCGCAGCGCGUGACGUCUGGCUCGAAUAAUAUUGAAAGUCGUUGUCAGCGCGAGGGCAACGACGGGUUGUUGGUAUUAUCAUUCUGUUUGCGAAUGUAUACAUAUCUGUAUUGUGAACAGGAGGAAGAAUCUGGUAUUUCCACUGUGCCACGGGAGCAAGCUAUAGGUCUAAACCCUCUCACGCGCGGAGAUACGCUUGUUGUUGAUAUGGAGGACGCUAUUCCUAUUUUGAGUUAUAUAUUUCUCGGGUACAUCGGCGUUGUGAGCUUCAAGGUUUGAAAGCUGUCGCGUUUGUUACUCGGGAGACGGGGGGGGGAUGUCGAGACGUCUAUUACUUGGGCGACGCAAAUAGAAAAUUAGUGGCAAUAUGCUCGCCACGUUGAAGACGUCGUCCGCGUUGAUCGGUUCUGAGAACGAUGCAAAGGUGCGCAAUGAAAUAUUUGCUAUCUAGUUUCUUCAUGGUUAGCACCCCCUGUCGAGUUUCAAAGUCC